AUGCGCGUGCGCGUCGCCACAGACGCGCACCCGGUCUGGGGGGGCGCGCUGGGCGUGGCCGCCGAGGACGGCGCGGCCGACGGCAGCUUCAAGGCGCUGCGGAGGCCGGCAGCGGCUCUCGGCUCGUGCGUCGUCGUCGCAGCCGCAUCGCUCGAGCCCGCAGCCUCGCGCCCCAUCCCUCGCCGCGUGCCCGACGCGAAGGAGAGCUCGUGGAAGAACGCGGGCCCGCAGGAGCGCGGCGGCGGAGACGUCUUUGCCGAGGCGGCCAAGGAUGCGUGGAGGGGGUACUGGAAGCCGGAGCGGCGGGAUAUCGACCUGCAGGGGUACGUCGCGAUGGAAAAGUACGACGGCAUCCGCGCCAUGUGGGAGCCAGACAUCGGCGGCGAGUGCGGCUUCCGCACCAAGGGCGGCGUGCGCACGUGGAAGUGCAGCAACGCGGAGAUGCGAGACGCGCUGCUCGGGUGGGACGAGUGCGGCGCCUUCAUGCGGGGCCACUGGGAGAGCAUCGCCUUCAAGGUCUUCGACGCGCCCUCUGCCGCCGGCGGGCUGCUGGAGCGGCUCGAUGCGGCGCGGCGCGCGCUUGCCGGCUUCCCGACGGCGCGCGUGGUCUCGGCGGUGCCGUGCGAGGACGCGGCGGCGGUGGGGAGGCUGCUGACGCGCGCAGAGGCUCUCGGCGGCGAGGGCCUAAUCCUGCGGGACUCGAGGCUGGGAUUGCCGGCCCAUUGCUGCUUGCGGGCGUUUUGUUUUACUGCGCGUGUUUCUUUGUUUAGGCCGAGCUUCCGGCCCGGCAGGCAGGAGGGGCUGCUCAAGGUGAAGCGGUUCUACUCGGGCGUGUGCAAGGUGAUCGGACAGGCGCGAGGGCAGAUGCCUGAGGCAUGGCUGCCGACCGGCACCAUCCUGACUACGAGCACCAUCCUGACCUACGAGUACCCCGGCCUCAACAACUGCGGGAUGCCUCGCUUCGCGGGCAAGAUUAAGCGCGUGCACGAGGCGGGCUGCGCCUGCGAGGCGUGCGCGCUGGACAGGCGGGGCGGCUGGCCGGCGUGGGACGGGCUGGCGAGCAAGACGCCCAUUGAGUGGUACGCAGCAGAAACGGGAGGCUACGUGUUCACGGGGUGA